AUGUCGCUAUUCGAGUUUAAAUCAUUGAAACCUUUCAAUUAUCCUCCUCUAUCCCCCUUGAAGAGAAUAUUUCGCCUAGUCCAGCUUCUUCCUCCAAAGCCGUCCAUCAUACCGGGCGCUAAUGGCACAAUUCGAAUCAGGCUAAUAGAAGCCGAUGUUGAUUCCGGCAUACACUACGAUGCUCUCUCAUAUGCAUGGAGUUUGGGGCCACGUUACCAAGAGCCCAGUAGGCAAAUUAUCGUCGAGACAGAACAAGGCUCUUACAAGCUGUACAUCUAUCCGGCGCUGGAAAUCGCGCUACGGUAUCUCGUCUCCUCCCAGAUGACAGAGUAUCUUUUCAUCGAUCAACUCAGCAUCAAUCAGAAAGAUCGCGACGAGAAGAGCCAUCAAGUAUUGCUCAUGCGAGAUAUUUAUACAAAAUGCGCUCGCACAAUUGUCUGGUUAGGUGCCCCAACUCAACAGUCUGAUCAGUAUUUUGAUCUUCUUCACGAAAUGUCUCAAGAAGGGAUACUGGGCAGAGUCAUGGGACCUCACGUUGGCCAGUUCAUGCACGUUUUCGAUGCCGUGAUGGAUCCAUCUUUGCAGGUUAGCGAAGAAGUGCGUGAGGAUCGAGAUGAUUUGCUGAACUUGGUCCAACGAUACGGCGAGCGUUUCCCCCUAGACGGAUUUGCCGAUAUAUUUGAUCGAAUCUGGUUCAACCGCUUGUGGGUAAUCCAAGAAGCUUGUCUGGCUCCAUUAGUGGUCUUCUUAUGCGGUAAAAAGCAUCUUUGUUUCGACUGCUUCCGCUCUGGUGCACUCUUUUACAACAUAUACAACACGUACUGGGUGCGGCGGAUAACAGGCGCAAUGCCUCGGCGUGUUCUUCGUCAGCGAGACGCUCUUUUGAACAAGACGGAUGGGUUCAUACGGAUCUUCCAAGAGCGUAAAGCUAUUCAUCAAUCUGGAAUACGACUGGGCUUGCAUGACCUCGUACUAAAAUAUAACGUGAAUGACAAGAAGAAGAAGAUCGGGGUAACACUGGAGCAAGAUCGAAUCUUUGGCUUGCUGGGGCUGGCAGCGAAUAAUGACGCUCUCAUGGCGCAAGUUCGUGUUGAUUACAAGUCCGGCAUCACUCAAAUGUAUUCUGAGAUUGCCGGAGUGCUUUUACAGGAGAGCAUUGAUGUACUGCUAUUCAACCAGUACCCAAAGAAAACAGAGGAUUUGCCCUCAUGGGUUCCUGACUGGGCGAUGAAUCUUGCUGUACCGGCGACUUACUCGAGCUUAAAACAGGCUACCUUUGCUGCUGGUAGAUCGACAGCACAUGAGGCCCUGAUUACUGUCAAGGAGAGUCCCGCGCAGCUUCAUAUCAAGGGAAUCGCCGUAGACGAAAUAGUGGAAGUCGGAAUACAGCUAUACCGCGCACAGCUUCGUCCGCAAGUGGCAGAACAAGUCGACUAUCGCUCGGCAAAAACGUUUUUUGAUGAAGUCACCGAGUUCGCAAAAGGAGCAGCCAUCACAACUAGAGACCAAAACUCUACCGACUCUGAGAACACACCAGAACCUAGACUAUUGAUGCGCCUGUGCGAUUCUAGUCUUUCAUAUAGGCAUUUUACUCAAACUCUCGGUCCAACUCGUGGCCUUGAGAGGCUUCAAGCUUUGCACGGUAAUAUAUAUACGCUUGGAGAGCGACUCAUCAGAUCGGACGAGUUUAUUGCAUCGUACCACAUCACACGCAUCUAUCAAACACUAGGAAUUGUUCCUUGGUAUUUGGGAAUGAUGCCCGAGAUGGACAGUCUACAAAUCUGCGCGCUCGAUCCACUGAUAACAGGCAAGAUUGCCUAUGAGGCUGCAAAAGACUUCAUCACCGAUGCAGCGGGCUUGCUCAUGGCCUCAGCAAGAGUAUGGUUUGCAUCAAAGUACAUCAUGUAUCGUUACCACUUUGGCAAAUUGAACAUACGGCCUUCUCACGAGAGCAUUGAGAAGAUGGGGCUCGAUCCAAAUGUCAGCCUAGGUCCCGAUACGAAUGUUCUCACAACGAAUAUGCUCAAGAAUUUGAGGAAAAGGCUGUAUCGGACAAGGACUGGAUAUGUAGGCCUCGGCCCAGCAGAAAUGGAAACAGGCAACUCGCUCGUUAUAUUUCAUGGAGGAACCACGCCACAUAUUUUGAAGAAGCUGGAUUCUCAGCGUGGAGUUGACGAGUACCAAUACUUGGGCGAGGCAUAUUGCGACGGAUUGAUGGACGGCGAGGUUUUUGAAGACGACACCAAAUCUGAGCGAAUGUUUGUCUUGGUAUAAGUGAGCGUCUACAGCAGGUACAAGUUGGAAAGGGUUCGGACACUCCGCAAGCAGUAGAUGUAGCUUGAAAUUGUUUACUCGAAGUUAUUACUUUGUUGAAUGAGAAAUCAAAUCAUUAACAAUUUA